UUGACAGACUUCUUUUCCUCUCUCUCUCUCUCUCUCUCUCUCUCUCUCCUGUCUCUCUGUUAUUUAUCUUGUGGUUUUCUGUGUUUGAACAUGAUUCUUCCAUGAAAUGGGCACUUCAUGUUAUGGGUUUCAUGACAACUUGACAAUUGGGAGAAGAGAAAGCUUUGAGCCUUUAAUGGUUUUGCUUUCAUUAGAUUAGGAUUUGAAAUGAGUCAUAUCAGGGUUUGUGAAAGGAGUGAAAUUUGAGUGGUGUUUCUUUCGGGGGUUCGAGCAAAUUUCAGUUGCUUGCGCCAGAGAGCAGCUUUAUAGGGCAUGGUCAUUGAGAUCUCAUUCUGAAAGAAUCAAUCAAAAUGCUGUGUGCUUGCUCCAGAGAGCAGCAGCUCCAUUUCGAAGAAGCUCCUCAGUCACCAGAAUCUCUUGCCACCAGAGAUUUCUCAGUCAGCGGCCUGUCCUCAAGAACCGGCGGCACAAAGUUCGAUGACCACCAAGUAGAUGACAUAGAAUCAACAUUAAGAGAGACUCUAUCACUGAAUUAUGAGGAAGCCCGGGCAUUGUUGGGUAGAUUGGAGUAUCAAAGAGGUAAUUUUGAUGCAGCAUUGCAAGUGUUUCAAGGAAUUGAUAUAAGGGGUUUGAAACCGAGGAUGAUUAAGGCCAUUUCAGAAAGGAGUCGACCGAGAAAAGCCCGUUCCAAAGGGGGUAAAUUGCUGGUGAAUGUAAUGUCAAUGCAUUCAGUUAGCUUGCUGCUAGAAGCAAUACUGCUUAAAUCAAAGUCUUUGGAGGAGCUCGGCCAUGUUCAAGAUGCUGCAAUAGAGUGUAAAAGUAUUUUAGACAUAGUUGAAUCUGCAUUGCCUCAUGGUAUGUCUCAGACUGUUACAGAUGAUUGCAAGUUGAAGGAAAUAUUUCACAAAGCUCUUGAAUUGCACCCAGAACUUUGGAAACAAGCUGGUCAUCUUGAUGAAGCAGUUUCUGCCUAUCGACGAGCUCUCAUAAAACCUUGGAAUUUAAACCCCAAAAUGUGUGCAAAAUUUCAGAAAGACCUAGCAGUAGUUUUGCUUUAUGGCAGCGAAGAGGUCACUCUACCUCCACACCUUCAGCAGCUACAGAAUCAAAGUUCACCUAAAACCAACAUAGAAGAAGCAAUCCUUUUAUUGCUCAUACUCAUGAAAAAGGUACUGUUUCAGGAAAUUAGUUGGGAUCCUGAGAUCAUGAAUCAUCUCACUUUUGCACUCUCAUUAUCAGGGCAGUUUGAAUUAUUAGGAAAUCACGUGGAGCAAUUAUUGCCAGGUAUCUAUACCCGAGCUGAAAGGUGGUACUUGCUUGCACUCUGCUACAGUGCUGCAGGUAUGACUGAUGUCGCACUAAAUAUUUUGAGAAAUUAUUCGGGUCGUUCAGAACGGAAACAUAAACCACAUAUUCCUGCACUUCUUUUGGCAUCUAAAUUAUGUUUUAAACAUGCAAUGCUUGCUUCUGAAGGGGUAAACUUUGCUGAAAGAGCGACUCAACUUGCUAGUGAUCAAGGAAAACAUUUCAGGGGUCUCUCCAGCCACUUGCUGGGUGUUUCCUAUGGGAACUAUGCUAGAUCAGUCACCUAUGAUUCAGAAAGGCUAAAGCUGCAGAAAGAAGCUUUAGAUGCAUUAAAGAAUGCUGCAGCUCUAGAGAAGGAUGAUCCUGAGGUGAUAUAUAGCCUUGGGUUAGAGCUUGCAAUACAACGAGAGCUUGAUGCUGCCAGAGAGUGUGCAGUGAAGUAUUUAGAGUUGAUGGGUGGAAUCUCAGUGAAAGGUUGGAAACUAUUAGCUCUCGUGGUUUCUUCAGUGCAGGAUCAUGAAGGGGCGGAAUUAGUAGUUGACCUUGCUAUUACUAAUACUGGAAUAGACGACCAGUUGGAAUUGUUAAUAAUGAAAGCACAGCUUCAGAUUCGUCAAGAACAGCCCAAGAAUGCAAUAGAAACCUAUAGAAGUUUGCUCACCGUGAUUAAAGCACAAGAGGACGAUCACACAGAGAGGGCUAACUCCAAGGUUAAAACACAUGGAAGCUUAGAAGUGGAAGCAUGGACGAACUUGGCAUCCAUUUACAGUAAAGCUAGGUUACAUAAGGAUUCGACCAGUUGCUUGGACAUAGCCAAAUCUAUUGGAUAUUUCUCCCCAAAGACCUGGAAUGCAAAAGGCAUUAGUUUACAAGCCCAGUCACUAGACAAGGAGGCUCUUGCUGCCUUUUUGACAUCUCUCUCAAUUGGACCGGACUAUGUUCCAAGCAUGGUGACCACAGGUGUAGCUCUAAGGAAAAUCGGUGGUAAAUCGUUGCCCAUUGCAAGAAGUUUCUUGACAAAUGCUUUAAAGAUGGAGCCUACAAAUCACGAUGCAUGGUUAAACCUUGGGUUCAUAUCCAAAGCAGAGGGUUCUCUGCGUGAAGCAGCAGAUUGUUUCCAAGAAGCCUGUGAACUCAAUGAAUCAUCUCCUAUCAUGGACUUCAGGUAAGCGAUGUAUUUUACUGUAAUAUAUAGAAAAAUAAGAUGAAGUGUCAUUAGGUGGAAAGAUCGAGCAUACACAUCCUAAAUAGUUAAUGGCUUUUCUGAUCAAAAUAUAUGUAAUUUGAGAAAUGAAUCAUUGUAACGCUAAAAGAAAGGUUGUGUCAUAUCUCAGCAGCCAGUUACCAUUUCUUAUGAAUAAGUCAAGUAUUAUCAGUA